AGAUGAGGUUCACGAAGAGUUCACCCGCAUACAUUAGGUAACACCAUCGGUCGCUGUGACAUAACUAGUAUGAAGGAGUCUGAGUUGAGACAUUCGUCAAUAGAGAAGAGAUAAGAAGACGUACUACAAACUUUGUUAUGCAAAAAAACCCUCCAGACCUGGAUGUUUGGAAUCGCUGCGCUCUGCUGGAGGAGUCCGCCGGCUGCGCGUCAACAUGCAACACUUUCUGACCGUCUGUCAGAAAUGUAGGUUUGAUCCUGAGCGCACAGACAGAGCGUGAUACAGACAUGCUUUACUGUUUAAUGACGUUUGCAUCAAGUAGCCCAUAAACUGCAGCUGUGCGAACCCAGAUAAACCACCCUGUUUGGAGGAUUUUACGCGCCCCCACCAUCUCCACACGGACUUCGCUGAGACUCCAGCAAGAAUCAUGUUUGAUUUUAUGGAAUUUCAAGUUUUCGGUCCCGGAGAAAUCAUAGACUUCUGCAGCACUUCCAGCCCUGCCUGCAUGCUGCAGGAGCAGGAGCAGGAUUUGGCGGAUUUCUUCCCUGAGCUGAUCGAGUCGGAGUGGCAGGAGCACCGGUGCUCGCAAUCAGUGGGAAGCCAGAGCUCCAACUCCAGCUCGGACGAUCUGUUCGCCAGCCCCACCUCCCCACCUCCACCUCCACGCACUUACAAGCCCUGUUUUGUGUGUCAAGACAAGUCCUCGGGCUACCACUAUGGAGUCAGUGCCUGCGAAGGCUGCAAGGGCUUCUUCCGCCGCAGCGUGCAGAAAAACAUGGUGUACACCUGUCACCGCGACAGAAACUGCAUCAUUAACAAGAUCACCAGGAACCGCUGUCAGUACUGUCGGCUGCAGAGGUGCUUCGCUGUGGGAAUGUCCAAAGAAUCAGUGAGAAACGACAGAAACAACAAAAGGAAGGGGAAGAAGGAAGCGGUGAAAAUGACCAUUAUGGAGACGUACGAGCUGACGGCGGAGCUGGGCCUGAUCGUGGAGAAGAUCUGCAGGGCUCACAGAGAUACCUUCCCCUCACUUUGCCAGCUGGGAAAAUAUACCACAGCCUCCAGUUCAGACCACAGGAUCCAGCUGGACCUCGGACUGUGGGACAAGUUCAGCGAGCUCGCCACCAAGUGCAUCAUCAAGGUGGUGGAGUUUGCCAAGCGAGUCCCCGGGUUCACCGGCCUCACAAUCGCUGACCAGAUCACUCUGCUCAAAGCUGCCUGCCUUGAUAUCUUGAUCCUGAGGAUUUGCACUCGCUACACUCCUGACAAGGACACAAUGACCUUUUCUGAUGGAUUGACCUUAACCCGCACUCAGAUCCACAAUGCAGGAUUCGGACCGCUGACGGACCAGGUUUUCACUUUUGCUGGGCAACUGCUGCCACUAGAAAUGGAUGAAACGGAAAGUGGGCUCCUCAGUGCCAUUUGUCUCGUCUCAGGAGACCGCCAGGACCUGGAGGAGCCGUCGAAGGUGGAAGUGCUGCAGGAGCCGCUGCUGGAGGCGUUGAAGAUCUACUCCCGUAAGAGACGGCCAAGCAUGCCCCUUAUGUUCCCCAAGGCCCUCAUGAAGAUCACUGACCUGCGCAGCAUCAGCGCUAAAGGAGCUGAGCGAGUGGUGACUCUAAGGAUGGAGAUCCCCGGCUCCAUGCCUCCACUGAUUGAGGAGAUGCUGGAGGAUCUACAGAACCUGGAGAAACAGCAGAAGUCAGUCACCAUUCAGCACAUGCACAGCUCCUCUACUUUCUCACUCUGAAGCUGCUCUAAGAACUCGUCUUCCCUCCAAGAGAAAUUACUAACAAUAUAAUGUACAGAUGCAGUUCAGAGGGUUACUAGUUUCUUACCUCAGUUAAUGUCAGGAGUCUCCCAGUGAAUAUUUAGAACUCUAUCUACAGACAAGAGUUUAGAGAAGAGAUUCAGAUUAACAAAUCUGUGAUUUAAAAAAAAAACAGUUCAUGUCUUUUAACUCAAAUCCUGCUUCCGAGGAAGAAAAAGAGAUUCAUGCAGUAAUGUUUCAAUCUCCAUUUUCAUGAACCUGCAACAUGCCGAUAGACAUGUCAUGACCACUGAGAAUCACUCUCAGCCUUUCUACACUGUUUCUGGUUUUUACCAUAUUUAUAUGUGCAUGAGAUACUACAUGGAUUCAUACUUUACCUCAUUUAGCAGUAGUACUAGUAACAUAGUAAACAUACGGAAGUUUUUAACUUUACACACAAAAAGUCAAAAUCUACCGUUUAUGUCUCAUAUGUUUGUGUAAAAAGAAAAGGGAAAUGUAAAUGCAAAAACUUUCUACUCAUAAAGGCGAAUGUUCAUAAUUGGCUGUUAUAAAGUUCACAUACUAAUGUAGCUCAGUUGAUAUAGGAAGAAUUUUAGCAACAGAUAAGUGCAUUGAAUACACUAUUGAGUCUGCUUGUUGCUCAGUGAAUGUCAGAGUCAGAACUUUUGCUGGAAAUUAACUGGAUUGUUUCACUGCAUUAAAGAGUUAUACACAGAUAGUAGGCGAAUGAUAACACACAACUUUAUAUAUUAUUCCACUUUAUAAAUGGAAAACUGCCAUUCCACACUGUGAGAAAGUAUUUUAGCUGUUGUUAUUGGGGCUAAUACUGUUAAAACACUGAAACCAUCCUGUUGUUUCUUGAUUAGGAUUUUCUAAAUGCAUUUUCUGCGGAUGUUCUUGGUUAUGUUUAUGCUGUGGCACAGCAUUGGUUUGCUGGUCCAUGCACUACACUGAAAGGUCUCAACAUGAAAUAAUUUUGGUGAUCCCGUAGCACUUCCAGUAGCACCAUCAUCAUGUCAAAAAUAAGUUGUCCUUUGUGCUAAUUAACAAAUGUCAGUUACCCUAUUAAACCCCAAGUAGUUUUUGUUAGAUUUUUGCUCCUGUCACAUUUUAUACUCACUGUGAGACUGUUCUUCACUGCAGUAUAAAGUCUAGUACCUUUUAUGGAAACAACAGUUAUGACUAGAAGUAGAGAGAACUCCAAAAUAUCUUCUGUGCAUCCUAGCAAAGUUACAAUACCAUAACUUUUUUUUUUUUAAAGCGAAAAUGUAAUUUGUUAUUUGACAAAAACUGAAAAAUGUGGAAUUAGCAUGUUCAAUAAGUGCUCGCAAGUGUUACCAUUACUGAAAAAAGUGCAGACUCUACAAAGUAUAGAUGUGUUACUGUUUACAUUUCAUUAGUUUCCAUACUUGUCUCCUCUCUGCUCUGCGUAAACACUGCCUGCUGUUCAACCACAUUAAGUUUUCGUCAGGUGACCGUUGCUUGCAGCCUGGUCACAAUUUCUCGGUUCUGCUGCAGAGCGCCAAGUUGUUUGCAAUCUUUUGCAAACAGUUUACUUUUGGCUGUUUUUAAAAUGAGGCAUGUAGGAUGACCUCAUUUUGCUAACAUUUAAGUUUGAGCUUUUAUUUGUUUACUUUUACCAACGAAAUUGCACAUCACACAUGAUGAGGUCAACAACCAUCUGAUAGCUUGAAAUCUGAGGAUUUUUUGUUUUCAUAGCUUCUCGGUUUGGCAAAUGAUUUAAUUUAACAAUUUAAAAUUUUUUUUACAUGCAUUACAUACCUGCCGGCGGGUUUUGGGUUUCAACGGGGGCGAUAAACUAAAAUCAAAUUGCUCAAUCAUCGGCCAACUCACCACUCAGCAGCCAUCUCGCUAUCACAGUUAUGACCUGAACCCUGUCUACAUAAAUGGGGAGAGCCAUGACUGAAAUUUCAAUAAUCACCAGGACAUAAAAGCUGUAUGUGUAGAAUGAUUUUUUUCCUAAAUACACAGUGUACUGUGGGAAUUUAAAAAAUAGAUAAUGAGAAUUAUGUGAUCUGAAAUCUCAAAUGUCUGAUAUAAUCUGACAAGUAGGACUGAAAUCUUAAAUGUUUUUGUGCUUUAAAAUGUAAAUUCUUUGAACUGACUAUUGUAAACAAACAUUCUGUACUGUAUCAACUCACAUGUGCCUGCUGUAAUUGUGCCAGCAUCUUCCAUACUUUUUACAUUUUUACAUAUUCUGUAUACGCAUAUGACCAUCUUUCAUAUUGGGAUAGGCCUAAACACAUUUCAUACGUUUGCGUUGGUCUAUUAAAACCUUGUCUGUUGAGUUUCA